UAAAAUGAAAAAAGAAGAAUGAAUUUACUGGUUUCCAUAGAAAGGAAUCAUGUUGAGUGUUGAGGGUGUGUCACUUUCUUUGGCAACAAUAUGUGAUUAAAGAAAUGAGGGUAGAUAUUCUUUUUCUCCACAAGAGAAAAAGUGGCCAAAAUUGCAACUUAAAUGUCACUGAUGUUUCCCACGCCCCUCCUUCCCCAGCAGACAGGAGAGAACCAUGAGGAGGGAGAACCAGAGCAGUGUAUCUGAAUUCCUCCUCCUUGGCCUCCCCGUCCCACCAGAGCAGAAGCAUGUGUUCUUUGCCCUGUUCCUGGGCAUGUACCUGACCACCAUGCUGGGGAACCUGCUCAUCAUCCUGCUCAUCAGGCUGGACCCUCGCCUCCACACUCCCAUGUACUUCUUCCUCAGCCACUUGGCCCUCACAGAUGUCUCCUUUUCCUCUGUCACUGUCCCUAAGAUGCUGAUGAACAUGCAGACUCAGGAUCAAUCCAUUCCCUAUGCAGGGUGUGUAACACAAACAUACUUCUUCUUAAUUUUUACUGGUCUGGAUGAUUUCCUUCUCACCUCAAUGGCCUAUGAUAGAUACGUGGCAAUCUGUCACCCUCUCCGCUAUACCAGUAUUAUGAGAGGGGGACUGUGUACCAUACUAGUAACUGUAUCUUGGAUUCUGUCCUGUGCCAAUGCCCUUUGUCACACUCUCCUCCUGGCCCAGCUGUCAUUUUGUUCUGAAAACACCAUCCCCAAUUUCUUCUGUGACCUUGGUGCCCUUCUCAAACUCUCCUGCUCAGACACAUCCCUCAAUGAUCUAGUAAUUUUCAUAGCAGGAGUGGCUACCAUUAUGCUCCCACUCCUUUGUAUCUUGGUCUCUUAUGGCCACAUCGGGGCCACCAUCCUCAAGGUUCCAUCCACCAAGGGCAUCUGCAAAGCCUUGUCCACAUGUGGCUCCCACCUCUCUGUGGUUCUUCUCUAUUAUGGAACUAUUAUUGGGCUAUAUUUGGUCCCCUCAUCCAGCACCUCCAGCAACAAGGACAUAGUUGCCUCUGUGAUGUACACAGUGGUCACUCCAUUACUGAACCCCUUCAUUUAUAGCCUGAGGAAUAGAGACAUGAAGGGGGCCCUGGAGAAACUCUUCCACAAGGCACCAGUCUUGUCUUAGUGACAUUUACUCAUCUUUAUAACAGACACAUGUGGUCACAUAACUCCAGAUCAUACACCCCAUAUCUUGAGCCCAGCUUGUAUAAAAGCUCAGUAUAAAUUUGGUAACUGAAUUGCAUUUUGUAACAGCUAUUCUUUCUUCUCGUAGGAAUUCAUUAGUAUCAAUUGUGAAUUCUUAGUUGAUACUAUUGAUUGAUGUUCUUGUCUACAACACUGAGAAAUUAUAUACCUGGUACUACUUAAUGUCUCUCUUUUUAUUACCUGGGAAUUUAGUAGCUUUUUAUAAAACAACUUUAUUGAGGUAAAAUUGUUCUAUAAAUGCAGCACACAUUUAAAAAGUGUUAUGAUUCAUAUUCUGAAACAGUAUACCUCAUGAAAUAAC